ACAACAGAAAAAGAAUAUUGAAUAAAUGCAAUUUAAAAACAAUUUGUUUCUUUAAGUUUCCUGGCUUGAUCAACUAGUCUUUUAAGCUUGUCAACCAGACUUUCAGCGACAAUGCAUGCAUCUACAGAAAUUACAAAGUCCAAGGCUACGGAUCCAUCUGCAGAAACUACAAAGGUAUCUCCUGCGUUGCAUAGGUACCGGUACGUACCCAGUACCCGAUACGGGUACUGGUACGGGGUACGACAUUUUUUAAAAAACUAAGGUACGGGUACGUUAGUAUAAUGCUUUAAAAAUACAAUUAUAAAAAUAACUAAACAAUUAUAUUAUUUAAAUAACGAUAAAAUAAUAAAAUUAAAAAAUAGUUUGCUUAAAUAAAUCACACUUAAAAAUAUUAAUAAAUCAUAAAAUAAUGGUUGAAUAUCAAUAUUUUCUUCUCCAAUAAAUGGAGCUUCUAGUUCACGUUCAUCGAGAGAAAUCUUGAAAGAAGACGAAGAUUUGUAUGAACAAAAACUAAAUCCUCAGCUCUUUUUGGAUUGAGCUUAUUCCUUUUCAAUGAGUGAAUGAAUCCAUAUGUGCUCCCAUUUCUUUUUAAUGAGCCUAUUUCUUAAUUUUUCUUCCAAUUUUUUAUUUAUAAAUAGAAUAAAUAAAUAACCUAAUUUUUACUUAAGUCCAAAUUACGUUAUCUAAAAAAAUUUGAAACCGAAAAAAAUAAUUUUUUUUGGGUACGUGUACCGGUUGGUGUACCACAGCAAAAUAAAAUAAAAUAAAAUUAGUACGGCUUCGGUGCGUACCGUACGUGUACCGUACGCGUACCGGGUACCCGGUACGUACCCGGUACCGGUACUUUACCUAAAACGGAGUACCCGUGCUUCACAGGGUAUCUCUCUUUCCAUGUAUCAUUGUUAUUUGCAAAGUUAAUUAAUGAUUUAAAUCUAACACCCAAUCAUUUUCACAUAUCACUGUUAGUCCAAGGCUACGACGGAUCCGGAAGAAGAUAGUAGCAGGUACAUAAGAUGGAAGAAAAGUACUAAAGCAUUGCUGAGUUCUGUGCGCAAACAAACAUGUGAACCGUAUAGCAUUCCCGUUGUUCCAGACAACCUUCGGCAAUCGAAUGAGAGUGCCUACAUUCCAAAAGUUGUUUCCAUUGGCCCCCAAUAUAAAGAAAGGAGGGAGCUAUUACAAGCAGAAGAGAUCAAAUGGCGCUGCGUCACCACUCUUCUUAGUCGAACAUUUGGGCUGGAUGCAAUAGAAAACUGUAUGAAAGCAGUUUUGGAUAUAGAUGAAACUGUUCGUGCAAGCUACGUUGAUAAAAUCAAACUUGAUAGGUACGAUCUUGCAACGAAUAUCGUAUUUGACGGGUGUUUUCUGUUAGAACUAAUCAUUUGUGAAUCUAAGUAUCGAAUUUAAUGGCACUAGUCCCGGAAUAGAAGUAAAAAAGAUGGACUAUGUCAUGAGCGAUCUGAUGCUACUGGAUAAUCAGAUACCGAUUUAUAUUCUUGAAAUAUUGUUCACAAAUCUUCUUGGUUCCUCUCCGCAAAUGCGAGAGUUCAUACAAAAUCUGGUUCUUCCUGUCUUAGGCUAUUAGGGGAAAUUGAUGGUUAAAUCCACUGUCCACUUCCUUGAUAUUGCUUACUCCUACCUGGAAAUGGAAUGGAUUGAUCAAAAGAAAAAGAAAGAGGAAGAGGAAAAUGUUAUACCUGAUGACAAACUCAUUAAGCUAUAUCAAGAUAUAGAUCAAGAUCCAAAUCUAAAACUAAAUCUAAAUCGCUGUGCUACGAGACUCAAAGCUGUCGGUAUAACAAUCGAAUGUCUUGACGUACCCGAUAAAAAGAACUUUAUAGCUUUCACCGAGUUCAACAGAGAAAAAAGGAUACUAAGAAUUCCAAAGCUAGUAAUCAACAACCAAACAGAAGCAACGUGGCGGAGUUUCAUCGCAUGGGAGCAUCAUAAGAAAAAAUUGAAGAGUGGUUCUGUAUCAGAUACUGACAGGCUUAGUGUAUGCACUUCGUCUGCCAUGCUUUUCAGCGAUUUGAUAUGCUGUACAGGUGAUGUUAAACUACUCAAAGACAAGGGAGUCAUAGUAGUAGACGACACAUUGAAGCUGAGCAAUAGAGAUCUGGUGGCUUAUUUCCAUUCAAUCGCAAAGGGAGUUGAUCGACGCAUUAUUGACUUAAAUCAUUUCGCCAUGUUUGAUGCCAUGAACACAAUUCCUACGGCAAAUUACGUCACUAAAGUGUUCAUAUUUCUGCUCCAUCUCUUCUGCAAAUUUUUCGACUGGUGCUACAAUGUUCACGAAUUUUUCAAGACCGGUUACAACUAUGCUUUUUCCAUUGUAGGUAUUCUCACCGUUGUCCAGACUUGUUACUCAGUUGUUUCCUAUCAUUUUCCCAAAAAAUAGUAACCAUGCAGUUUGUUUCCCAGUUGACCUUCCAAAAAAGAAAAUGAAAUGUGGUUUGUCUCCUUGAAACCGCAUUUCACUGUCACUUAUUUCUUUAUGUCAAUUUAACUUCAGUUUCAUUUUAAUUUCCAUGUUUACGACUCAUUCAGCUUUAAUUUCUGCGCGCUGUGCGCCAUUGUGUUUAAUUUAUUUUUGGUAUUUUAUGUAAUGGAAAUAUUUA